GCCGGAGCUCGUCCGUCCGGUUUCGUCCCGCUCCGCACGCACAACUUCCGUUUCCUGGGUCCACUUCGCCGCCGCGGCUAACUGGCUAACGGAGUUCGACAGCUCGGUUCCACGGGGGACCGCGUCCCGGUCCUGACAACGCGAAGCGGCCAUUUGAAACCGGAGCCCAGGCAGGUUCGCCGGGUUCUCGUGUCGGCAGGAAAUGGCCCAAGCGCCACAGAACUCGCUGUGUUGCUGCCGUAAGUCCCGAGCCUCCUCAGCAGGGGGGACUCCGCUCCCGUGUUUGGACUCCGCUCCCGUGGUCCGCCCGCAGUCUCGGAAGCGCCACCUGGUGGAUGCUGCGUCCGCCUCCAACUUCAGCUGUUUUGCGCUGCGUCACUUCCACCUGGACCUGCGACUGAACUUCGCCAUGAAGGAAAUGAGCGCCUGGCUGGUUCUGGACCUGCUGCCGGUGGAGUCCGUCACCCCGACCCUGGUCCUGGACUGCCACCCGUCCCUGCUCAUCCACUCCGUCGACUGCAAGGUUCCGGAGGCGGCUCACACAGACGCCACCUCCCUCACGUACCGGCUCGAGCCCUUCACCGACUACGGCUCCGUGCUCAGCAUCAGCCUGCCGGCCGCGGCGGUCCGCUCCGACAGGCUGAUCCAGAUCACCAUCCGAUACACCACCACGGACGGACCUGCGAUCUGGUGGCUGGACUCGGAGCUGACCUGCGGCCGCUCUCGCCCGCUGGUCUUCACUCAGGGCCACUCGGUCUGCAACCGCUCCUUCUUCCCGUGCUUCGACACGCCGGCGGUCAAGAGCACCUACACGGCGUCUGUCCGGGUCCCGGAGGGACUGACGGUCCUGAUGAGCGCCUCCAAGAGCUCCUACUCCAGACUGGACCGGGUCUUCCACUUCUCCAUGGAGUUCCCCGUGCCGUCCUACCUGGUGGCGCUGGUGGCCGGGCAGCUGCAGCACGUGGACAUCGGGCCCCGGAGCCGCGUGUGGGCCGAGCCCUGCCUGCUGUCCUGCGCGGUGGCCAAGCUCGGGGGCGCCGUCGAUGGCUGGCUGAGCCUGGCCGAGGACUUGUUCGGAGCCUACCUGUGGGGCAGGUGCGACCUGGUCUUCCUGCCCCCGUCCUUCCCCGUGGUGGCCAUGGAGAACCCCUGCCUGACCUUCAUGGUGGCCUCCAUCCUGGAGAGCAGCGACUUCCUGCUCAUCGACGUGGUGCACGAGAUCGCGCACAGCUGGUUCGGCAACGCCGUCACCAACGCCAGCUGGGAGCAGAUGUGGCUGAGCGAGGGCGUGGCCACCUACGCUCAGCGCCGCAUCACCAGCUGCGCCUACGGUGAGGCCUUCACGUGUUUGGAGACGGUGCUGCGCCUGGACGCGCUGCACCGCCAGCUGCGGCUGCUGGGAGACAACAGUCCCGCCAGCCGCCUGCAGGCCCAGCUCCAGUCAGGUGUCAACCCGUCCAGUCUGAUGAACCUCUUCACCUACGAGAAAGGCUUCUGCCUGGUGUCCUACCUGUCGCAGCUGUGUGGAGACGUGCGGCGCUUCGACCGCUUCCUGAAGGUCAGCGCCACCAGUGUGUGUGUCAGAGGCGGGGCAGGAGCCGCGCGGCCCUCUCACACACACACGCGCGCUCGCGCUGGAGUGACGGCCGUGUGUUUGCAGGACUACAUCUCCCAGUUCAAGUUUCAGAGCGUGGUGGCCCAGGACCUCAUCGACUACUUCCUGUCUUGCUUCCCCCACCUGCAGAACCAAGGCCUGCAGUUCGACCGCUGGCUGAACGGCUGCGGGGCCCCUCCCUUCCAGCCCGACGUGUCAGCAGGCUCCACGCUGACCGGACCUGUCCAGGAGCUGUGCGACCUGUGGAGGUGCAGUACCAGCGUUGACCUGCAGGCGGUCAGCCGCUUCGACCUCUCCGCAUGGAACAGCUUCCAGGUGGUGCUCUUCCUGGACCGCAUGCUGGACCACGCCCCCUACAGCUCAGGUAGGUGCAGCCGCUCCCUCCGCAGGGGUCGCGCGGCCCUGACACCUGACACCAGUGCUGCCGCCCCUCCCCCAGAGGUGAUGACGUCUCUGUCCGGCUGCUACUCGUCGCUGUUUGACGGUCUCAGUGCAGAGGUUCUGAUCCGCUGGCUGCAGCUGGUGGUCCGCAGCUGCUUCUGGCCGGAGCUGCCGCGGGUGCGAGCCUUCCUGCAGAAGCACACCUCCCGCAUGUACACGGUGCCGCUGUACGAGGACCUGCUCGCCAGCUCCAUGAGGACCGUCGGCGGCGAGAUCUUCCAGCAGACCAAGCACCGCCUGCACCCCAACCUGAGGAGGGCGCUGCAGCAGAUCCUGCCCCCGCCUCCAGAGACGUGAAGGUCCCGCUGCCGUGACUGGACCGGCUCCUUCCGCACGGCCAGGACCACAGGCGUCCCACCGUCCCUUCCGGACCAGAAGCGCUCUUGGCGGGAGUGACGUCAUCAGUCGUGGUCUGACCGCGGGGCUCAGCUGUGGCUCCAGACGCAACGACGUGUUUGAUGUGAAUCGUUCAAUAAAAGAAAAACGGGUGUGUCCUCGCACAUGACGUCACUGACCGCCGCAUGAAGAGUCGCCACCGUCAAGCUUCAGUCAGAUGUGAUCCACCCGUCUGAUGUGAUCCACCCACCUGAUGUGAUCCACCUGAUGUGAUCCACCUGUCUGAUGUGAUCCACCUGAUGUGACCCACCUGCCUGAUGUGAUCCACCCAUCUGAUGUGAUCCACCUGAUGUGAUCCACCCGCCUGAUGUGAUCCACCCGCCUGAUGUGAUCCACCUGUCUGAUGUGAUCCACCUGAUGUGACCCACCUGCCUGAUGUGAUCCACCCAUCUGAUGUGAUCCACCUGAUGUGAUCCACCCGCCUGAUGUGAUCCACCCGCCUGAUGUGAUCCACCUGCCUGAUGUGAUCCACCUGAUGUGAUCCACCCGCCUGAUGUGAUCCACCCGCCUGAUGUGAUCCACCUGUCUGAUGUGAUCCACCCACCUGAUAUGAUCCACCCGUCUGAUGUGAUCCACCCGCCUGAUGUGAUCCACCCGCCUGAUGUGAUCCACCUGUCUGAUGUGAUCCACCCACCUG